AUGAGCUUCCGGCUGACCUCGUAUCCCAGGAACAACGCUCCGUUAGCAGGGAAGGUGCGCACCAUGGUGGGGGAGCCAGCCAAGUUGUAUCCUCCAGUUUCGGCAGAGAAGAGGAAACCAAUCAGAGUUCUCUCUCUGUUUGACGGCAUUGCCACAGUUAAUCAUCACCUUAAUUCGUGCAAUACUUUGCUUUAUGACCAAAUUCCCAACUUCCUCUGGUGUACUUUCCAAAGCACCAGUGCUGUUCAGUGCUUAUUGGCCAAAGUUAGCAAGCUAUACCACGAUGGUAAACAUGGUCUGCUGGUGCUGAGGGAUCUGGGGAUGCAGGUGGACAAAUAUGUUGCGUCCGAGGUGUGUGAGGACUCCAUUACUGUGGGCAUGGUCCGACACCAUGGCCGCAUCAUGUACGUGGGAGACGUCCGCAACGUAACACGCAGACAUAUCGAGGAGUGGGGACCAUUUGACCUGGUGAUCGGAGGAAGCCCCUGCAACGACCUCUCGAUAGUCAACCCUGCAAGGAAAGGCCUUUUUGGUAAGUGUUAGGAAAAUAUCACUCGUCCCCGGCUUGAGCUUCAAUCUCAGGAUCCA